AUGAGAAAUCUGAGCAAAAGCCACGUGGAGGAGUUUGUGCUGGUGGGCUUCCCUACCUCUCCUCUCCUCCAGCUGCUUCUCUUCGUCUUCUUCUUUGCAAUUUAUCUGCUGACAUUGUUGGAGAAUGCACUCAUGGUCUUCACCAUCUGCCUCGCUCCAAGCCUUCACCGCCCCAUGUACUUCUUCCUUGGCCAUCUCUCCUUCCUGGAGCUAUGGUACAUCAAUGUCACUAUUCCCCGGCUCUUGGGAGCCUUUUUUACCCAGGAUGGCAGAAUCUCCUACCUAGGAUGCAUGACCCAACUCUACUUCUUCAUUGCCUUAGCCUGCACUGAAUGUGUGCUCUUAGCAGUUAUGGCCUAUGACCGCUACCUGGCCAUCUGUGAGCCCCUUCGUUACCCAAGUCUCAUGCCUCCCAGUCUGGCCACUCGACUUGCUGCUGCCUGUUGGGGCGGUGGCUUCUUCAGCUCCAUGAUGAAGCUUCUUUUCAUUUCCCGACUGUCCUACUGUGGACCCAACAUCAUCAACCACUUUUUCUGUGAUAUCUCCCCACUGCUUAACCUCACCUGCUCUGACAAGGAGCAAGCAGAAAUGGUAGACUUCCUCUUGGCCUUGGUGAUGAUUCUCCUCCCUUUAUUGGCUGUUGUUUCAUCAUAUGCUGCCAUAAUUGCAGCCAUUCUAAGGAUCCCCACUUCCCAGGGACGCCGCAAAGCCUUCUCCACUUGCGCUUCUCACCUGGCAGUGGUUGUCAUCUACUACUCCUCCACUCUUUUCACCUAUGCACGUCCCCGUGCCAUGUACACCUUCAACCACAACAAGAUCAUCUCUGUGCUCUACACUGUCAUCGUACCAUUCCUCAACCCUGCCAUCUACUGCCUGAGGAACAAAGAGGUAAAGGAUGCCUUCAGGAAGACAAUGUUGGGCAGAUGCCAGGAUCCUAGGGAUGGUCCAGAAUGA